CUCUCUCUCUCUCUCUAUCUUCUUCAACCUCACUUGUCCUUUUUUGUCUUUUCACUUCUCAAUCCAACGGCAAUGCCACCUUCCACGUCAUCAUCAUCUUCUUCUUCUUCUUCGUUUUCCCCUUUUCUUUCUCCUUUGUAUAGUACUAAUACUAAUACUAAUAAUAAUAAUUCCACUGUAGCUCUAACCAUACACCCGCAUAACACAAUAUAAUAACCGCCCCCUCUCUUCCUUCUCUUUUAGGGUUUCCUUUCUCUUUCCCAUACACAUUAUAACCUCAUAAGAAUAUUGAGUUUCGCCUCCUAUUUUCCUUUCUAUUUCCAUCUCAAGGGUUUUGAAUUUGGAUUUGAAGGGUAGUGCUGCUGAGGGAGUGUGGUUUGUUUCGUUUUGGGGAUUGUUUUUAUGUUGAAUGGUGAUCGAAAAGAGCAGCUUUAAGGUAGCAUCACGAUUUGAUUCCGAGUUUUCUCCUCGUAAUAGUAGGGACACCACUAUGUCGAGUGAGGAUGAGGAGUUUCAGAAACGAAACGGAGGUGAAGUUGAAUCUAAUGACGAGGAUGAUGAUGAUUGUGACUCGGGGGCGGGUUCUGAUGACUUUGAUUUGUUGGAGUUAGGGGAAUCUAAGGAGGAAUUUUGUCAAAUUGGGGAUCAAACAUGUAGCAUUCCCUUUGAAUUGUAUGAUCUUUCGGGGUUGGGUGAUGUGUUGUCGUUGGAUGUUUGGAAUGAGUUGUUGUCUGAGGAAGAAAGGUUUAAUCUUGUUCAGUACCUUCCUGAUAUGGACCAAGAAACAUUUAUGAGAACGUUGAAAGACCUCCUUGCGGGUACUAAUAUGCAUUUUGGAAGUCCACUUGAUAAGCUGUUUAACUUGUUGAAGGGUGGGUUAUGCGAGCCAAGAGUGGCACUUUACCGCCAAGGAUUGAUUUUCUUUCAGAAGCGACAGCAUUAUCACCGCCUUAGAAACCAUCAGAAUGCAAUUGUUAGUAAUCUUUGUCAGAUAAGAGAUGCUUGGCUCAGUUGCCCAGGGUAUAGCAUUGAGGAGAAGCUUCAAGUGUUGAACAUUAAGAAGAAUGAGAAGAUUUUAAUGUAUGAGAAGAUGGAAGAACUGGAAAGUGAUGGAUCCGAGAGAGAGGAGUUCAGUGAUACUUUGUGGGGCAAAAGAACAAAAGAUAGAAAUCUUGGGCAGAAUAUGGGCUGUUAUUCUGGAUACAGGAUAGGGUCAGCCUUGGAUUCAUCAUCUCUUAGACAAAUGGCUUCCGAAUCCACCAGAUACAAAAAGCAGAACCUAAAAGGGACGUUCAAGGUAGGUGGAGCAAAGGGUUCUGCCACUAAAGGAAUGGAACUUAAAUCAGGGCCCUAUGAUUCUGCGUUGCCUCCUUUUCGUCAUGGUAAAGGAAUGGGCUAUGAUUCUGGGAUGGCUGUCCCAAUGAGGGAUAUGUUGAAUGGCGAUGAUGAGGAAGAUGGGAUGUACGAAGUGGAUGUGCAGAGGGAUAGAAACUAUUCACGGGCAGGGGCUGUCAAAUUGGGGAAGAAGCAUGAAAGGCUUCGAGUGGAAGAAUCCGGUGAUGUUUUCAUGGGUGUGCCUGUGCCGUUGAAGAAUGAUCUUUAUGCCUCCGGAAGGAACAAUGCUGUCAAUCAGCUGUCAGAUAUUAAGGUCUUGACUGCAAAGCCCAGCAACGCCAGGACCCCAUAUGAUUUUGGGAAAAAAGAUAGGUAUGCUGAUGGUCUCCCGCAGUUUUGCUCUGAAGAUCAGAUGAAUUAUGGAAAAAUCCGGAUUCCUAAAAUGUCGUUGAAGGCAAGUGGAAUGGAACUAGCGAGCGGAAGUGAACCGUUUUGGCCAAGUAAAGCACAAGAGGAUACCUAUUUUACCAACCCAUCACAUAAGUUUGGUAACAUGAAUGUAAAAGGCAAACAGUGGAAGAUGGACCAAGAAUACCCUGAUCGCAAGUUCAAUGAUAAGUUGUUUCAGACAGACUAUAGGGGAAAAGCCUUCCCUGAUAAAGUCAGGGCGAAAAUGCAGAAUGGAGGACAAGAUGGGUCAGGGACCAGAGGUAGAAGGGUAUUUGCAAAGACCGAAGAAACUGAAUCUGAAUCAUCAGAAAAUGAUGAGGAUGAGGAUAAUAACCCUUUGAUGAGGAGCAAGUGGGCAUAUCCCAGUGGUUCCACUAACUUGAUGUCUGCAUUGGAUACUAAAAAGGCUAAAUUUGGUCAAAAGGAUAAGUACGGUAUACCGGCUCGUGAUGGUUCAUUUCAUUCUUCUAGGAUGAUGAGUGACUCCAAUGAACUUUUCCACUCAAAGAGAACCGGAAGUCAUGGCUUGGGAGCAGAACCAAUGGGUAAGAUGCAUGAUCUUGGUCAUUUGAAUAGUUUCUCCACUAGAAAUUUGGUUAGAAAUCAUUUCUCUGGUCUAGGCCAGUUCGACAACAACAAUGACAAUGAUGAUGAGCAACCAAUCUACAAGCUAGCCAAAAAUGGUCCUUUGCCGGGGGACCAUACUGAAAGGUACCACAUGGCAUCCACCAGAGAGAAGAAACAUAAAGGAAAAGCUAGCCGUGAUAUCCUGCCUGCAAACUAUAGGCAAGAUCACAAGUUUCAGGAGGAUGACUCAUUGCGGGCACGGUUACCGGCUAAAAGAAAUGGAGUUUCUACCAAGCUCGCAAAGAAAGGUCAGAUGCUUGACACGCGUGCUUUUGAUCAUGAGGAAAAAUCUGACAUGCAUUUAACAGGUUGCAACUCCGUUAUGAAGAAGCGGAAAGUCAAAGCUGAUGUUCAGUACGUGGGUGAGCUAGAUGAUACUGAUCAUCUCUAUUCUGAUACCCAGCAACGACAAGAUGAUUCCUCAAUGAAACGGGGUAAAAUGGAGGAUGAACGAUGGACUUCUUUAAUGGGACUUCCCAUAUCUCCAACUACAGAAAUGAUAGAAGAAGAUAUAGUAGAUGUGGAAAUCCGACCUCAAAAAAAGCCAUUCACUUUGAUUACUCCUACAGUUCAUACCGGCUUCUCAUUCUCCGUCGUUCAUCUUCUUACAGCAGUUCGUAUGGCAAUGAUUACUUCGCUUCCAGAAGAGGCUGUAGAUACAAAUACUGGAAAAAAGGAGGAGCAUGGUGGAGUUGCACCACCUUCAGAGUUGGAUGGUGAUAAUUCACUUCCUUCCACUCAAGCAAAGGUCCCCUCUCUCAGUGUGCAGGAAAUUGUUAACCGCGUGAGAUCAAACCCGGGAGAUCCCUGUAUUCUUGAGACUCAAGAACCUCUGCAUGAUUUGGUUAGAGGAGUACUCAAAAUAUUUUCUUCCAAAACAGCUCCGCUUGGUGCAAAAGGGUGGAAGCCACUUGUAGUCUAUGAAAAACCCACCAAAAGUUGGUCCUGGAUUGGUCCAGUGAGCCCUGAUUCAUCUGAUCACGAGCCUAUUGAGGAAGUCACAUCUCCAGAAGCAUGGGGUCUUCCUCACAAAAUGCUUGUCAAGUUAGUUGAUUCGUUUGCCAAUUGGUUGAAAAAUGGUCAGGAGACGCUACGGCAAAUAGGAAGUCUACCUGACCCUCCGUUGUCAUUGAUGCAAUAUAAUCUUGAUGAGAAGGAAAGGUUCAGAGACUUGCGAGCUCAAAAGAGUCUGAGUACCAUUAGCCCAAGUUCCGAAGAAGUCAGAGAGUAUUUCCGCAAGGAGGAAUUCCUUAGGUAUUCAAUUCCUGACAGGGCCUUCUCCUACACUGCUAUUGAUGGGAAAAAAUCAAUAGUUGCUCCUCUGAGAAGGUGUGGUGGCAAGCCAACUUCAAAAGCCCGUGAUCACUUCAUGCUUAAAAAGGAUCGCCCUGCCCAUGUAACGAUUCUCUGUCUUGUGCGAGAUGCGGCUGCUAGGUUGCCUGGCAGUACAGGGACUAGAGCAGAUGUUUGUACUUUAAUCAGAGACUCGCAGUAUAUUGUGGAAGAGGUAUCUGAUGCUCAAGUCAAUCAAGUUGUUAGUGGUGCAUUGGACCGUUUGCAUUAUGAACGUGAUCCUUGUGUACAGUUUGAUAACGAGAAGAAGCUCUGGGUUUACUUGCAUAGAGAUAGAGAAGAAGAAGAUUUUGAGGAUGACGGUACUUCAUCUACAAAGAAAUGGAAGAGGCAAAAGAAAGAAGCUCCCGAACCAGCUGAUCAAGGAGCAGUACCCGUCGCUUAUCAUGGGACAGGGGAACAAAAUGGUUUUGAUUUGAGCUCAGAUCUCAAUGUUGAGCCGUCAAAUGUGGAUGAGGAUCGAACAGACCUUACUUGUGAGGAUGGUAAGGAUCAUGUAGAGGACAAUAUUAAGAGCAGCCAUGUGGCAGAACAAGGUGCUAUGCAGUGUGGCUCUUCCCUGAUGGAUUGGGAUACUCUUUGCUCAACUCCUGGAGAAGGAAAUAAGUUGUUAUGUCAACAGAACUCUACUGAUAAUUUUGAUGAUGAAACAUGUGGUGGAGAACCACCAGCUUGACUGUGGGAAGAGCUCUGUCAGAAGCUUCCAGAAAAGCCUUAUAUAUUAUCUCCCUGAAGAGCCAGGAAUUUCUGAUGAUCAGAUAGCUCUAACAGAAAAUACUGUCCGAUUGUGCUCAUUGAAAUUUAUCCACUUCAACAGUUCAGUUUUUUUUUUUACCACGCUAGUUGCUAAGGGUGUAUUUUGGCAAUGGCGGCUCAAAUGUAGAUUCAUUCUAGUUAAAACCGGGAAAAAUGGUGAGCCUCUAAUAUGUAGACUAAAGUGUGUAUUUACGUGGCAUAUUCAUACGAUACCAGAAUGCAGAAGCAAUCACUGUUCUGAAUUGAGAAGCAGCAGAGUCCCUGCCCCUUCUCCCUCGUCUUAUAUGUACAUAUAUCUAGUUAGAUGAGAUAAAUAAAGAUAAGUAGGUCUUGUGAUCUUUGCUCUUGAUCAAGCUUUUGCCGAAUGCCCGUGUUCCUUUAAUUGCAUUCAUUCAUAGUUAAAUCCACGUUUUUCUCUCACUUACAACAUUUAUGUACUCUCGUUAAGUUUAUGACAUAAUGUUCAUACAACUCCUAUCUUUGAGGCAUGAAAUGAUCAAACAAUGAAAAUGCCAUUCUUUGAAUUUA